AUGGAGGCGAGCAUUUUAGGUCAACCACCUCCGUUAAUCAACAUUAACGGAGACGGUUGCCUUAAAGCGCCCGCCUCCAUUAAACGAUUAACCGAGGCGAGCAAGGCACCCGCCUUCGUUAUGUCACGAUUAACCAUCACCAUUGAUUGGAGGUGGUUGCAAUGCCCACCUCCAUUAAGAUUUCUUAGAAGUGAAGGUCGAUAUCCAGCAGUCGAAGGGGCAUCCGCUCUCAUUCUCUUUCCCUUCCUCCCUCCUUUGUUUCUUCUUCGAGUGAGGGUGGAAACCCUAGUUCCUCUAGAACUACGGUGGAAGGUCAGGCGGAGAAGAGGGUUUGGCUCCCGCACGAGGUGUCAUAUGGAGGGGAAUGUGGCUAGGGUAUGUAUGAACAAAAUGUCAUGGGAGUUUAUCUCAACCUUUUGUGGUUUAUCUACUUAUGUGCAAGCAUUCCAUGUUAUUGAGAGUGCUAAUACAAAUGAGGGGAUAAAAGACAUGUCUACUACAGCUCUUAUCACUGUUACUGUUGGGCAGGCAAAUGCCAGGCAGAUCAAAAAUGAAUUUAGAUUGAAAGCUGGUCCUAAUUCCACCUGGAGGUGGUAUGCUAAGAGAAUUGGGGAAGGAAAAUAUCAGAUGAGGUUCCCUAAUGCGCAGACCAUUGAUGAUUUAGCCCACUUCACUAAAUUGAGGAUGAGGUCCAUGCCUGAGGUGGUAGUUAAAGUUGAGAAGUGGAACCCUACAACUGGUUCCAAAGGUCCACUGGAUGUAGCCUGGUUUAGGAUUACUAACAUCCCUUAUGAGAAGAGGUCUUACUCCAAUGUUUGUAUGGUAGCAUCAAAAGUGGGGCUGCCCUUGGAAGUGGAUAAGGAAAACUUGAACAAUAAUGACUAUGUUAGAGUCAAAAUUGGGUGCAGGGAUGUCACCAAGGUUCCUGCCUCAACGGAUGGGGUUCUAGACUUUAAUUUCUAUGAUUACUUCUUUUAG